GGCUGAGUAACAUGGCAGGUAACAGAGGUGUUUGGCGGGGGUUGAUGAUUCACCAUUAGCCAGCCCAGAGCCUAGGUAGAUACGCCAUCAUCCGUUUGUUACCCGCCACGUAACACCAGCAGGUCACACCCGAUAACUUGCCAUCCCGGGUCUUCUCGAAGGCAAAGGCUCGAUCCCGUCCAACAUCCCACAUUGGCGGCCGUCUAUUGGGUACCGGGACCUCCCCCAAGCUCCCCCUCCCCCCGCGCUAUUUUCUAUGGUAGGUAAAUCAUCUCUACCUGAGGUCCCUAUAAACUCACCUAUAAUCCCGCCCCUUUCCUCCUCUGUUCAACAUCCACGCCCAACACUCUCUCCGACUAACUAGAACCAUCCCACUUGCAUACCGAGUUGAGACCAGUUGCCCAACAUGGCUCGCAAGUUCUUCGUCGGCGGCAACUUCAAGAUGAACGGGACUGUCUCGUCUAUCAAGGAGAUCGUCGACAACCUGAACAAGGCUCAGCUGGACCCCAAUGUUGAGACCGUCAUAGCCCCUCCGGCCCUCUACCUCCCCCUCGUCCGAGAACAAGUCAAGAAGGAGAUCGGUGUCGCGGCGCAGAACGUCUUUGACAAGCCCAACGGCGCCUUCACCGGCGAGAUCUCCGUCCAGCAGCUCAAGGACAUCGGCAUCGACUGGGUCAUCCUAGGCCACUCCGAACGGCGGACCAUCCUGGCCGAGAGCGACGAGACCGUCGCCUCCAAGACCAAGUAUGCCACCGCGAACGGCAUCAGCGUCAUCUGGUGCUGCGGUGAGAGCCUGGACCAGCGCGAGGCCGGUAAGACCCUCGACGUCAUCGCCGCUCAGCUCUCUGCCCUCAAGGCCCAGAUCUCGGACUGGAGCAAGAUCGUCAUCGCGUACGAGCCCAUCUGGGCCAUCGGCACCGGCAAGGUUGCAACCACCGAGCAGGCCCAGGAGGUACACGCGUCCAUCCGCGCCUGGUUGGCCAAGGAGGUGAGCCAGGCCGUCGCGGACGAGACCAGGAUCCUAUACGGCGGCAGCGUCUCCGAGAAGAACUGCAAGGACCUCAGCAAGGAGAAGGACAUAGAUGGCUUCCUCGUCGGCGGUGCCAGCCUCAAGCCUGCCUUCGUCGACAUCAUCAACUGUAAGUCAUGAGAAAGCAGGGAAAGCGGACGUUUGAGGAAUUCAUCUGCGUAAGCCAGUCUCAGGGAGGGGGGGGGGGGGGAAACGAAGGCGAGACACGGAAGUGAAUUGAAAUAUCCCCUCUCAUUUAGCUUCCUU